CUUUGCUCACUUCCGGAUUGGAAGUUGACGCAAUCUGUGGCAAGAAACUGCGACUGAAAGCAAAGCAACUCGAGUGUCUAUCCAGUGUCUUCACAUCGAAUGAGACCAUCAGAAUAAUUAUACGGACUGAUAUAUUUCCAUCAAUUCGUCGAUGAAUCUAUAAAGAUACUAUUUUAGGUGAGGACCAGACUGUAGACAGCAUGGCCAGUGCGGCGGCGGCCCCCCAGCCCCCUCCCUCCUCCUCCGCCCUCUCCUCCUCCAGCUCGGCAGCCGGGCCCGACGCCGCUAACGCUGGCCAGAGCAGCAGCAGCAGCGGCCAGGCGGCCGGGGAGGGCAGUAACCAGGACAGCACCUUCGAGUGUAACAUAUGCCUGGACACCUCCAAGGACGCCGUCAUCAGCCUGUGUGGACACCUCUUCUGCUGGCCAUGUCUACACCAGUGGUUGGAGACGCGUCCUAAUCGUCAGGUGUGUCCGGUGUGUAAGGCGGGGAUCAGCAGAGAUAAGGUCAUCCCCCUAUACGGCAGAGGAAGCACCACGCAACAGGACCCCAGAGAGAGGACGCCUCCUCGACCACAAGGCCAACGACCAGAACCCGAGAACAGAGGGGGGUUCCAGGGGUUCGGGUUCGGUGACGGCGGGUUCCAGAUGUCCUUCGGGAUCGGAGCCUUCCCCUUCGGAAUCUUCGCAACUGCCUUCAACAUCAACGACGGACGACCUCCCCCAGCAGCUCCGGGGACCCCUCAGCAUAUGGAUGAACAGUUCCUCUCUCGCCUCUUCCUCUUCGUCGCCCUCGUCAUCAUGUUCUGGCUGCUCAUCGCCUAGGCAACCACAUGCCAUCAUCUCCAUCGCCUAGACGACCAGAUACCAACAUCACCACCAUCAUCGCCUUGGCGACCAGAUACCAACAUCACCACCAUCAUCGCCUUGGCGACCAGAUACCAACAUCACCACCAUCAUCGCCUUGGCGACCAGAUACCAACAGCAUCACUAGACUACCUUCACAGAUACCAUUCGACUAGGUACCAACAUCACCACCAUCCUCGUCACCUAGGCAACCAGAAAGCAUCAUCGCCUAGACGACCAGACUCAUCGUCACCUUCUUCUGGCUCCUCAUCACCGCGGCGACGAUGCAUCAGCAUCAGCACCAUCUUCAUCUUCCCACCUGAGGUUCCAGACGGAUGCUGCAGCCGCACUGAGUUUCACUGGAGAGAGAGUUCCCCUUGGCAAGGAGAUGAGUGUGUUCCUCUUAGUAAGGGGACGUGACUUCAGAGUGUGUUUCUAGGAAUACAUGACCUGGUGGAAAUUAUGGCACAUGUACAGCUGUGUGUGUGUGUGUGAGAGAGAGAGGGCUGUGAGGCAGUGUGGCCCUUUUUUGUUGUCAGACAUGUGAUCAAAGAAUCUUCUGUUAGAGUAAGAUACAUCGAGUCUCUAUGUUUCCUGGAUCAUGUGAUGUCAGGUGACCUGAACGCCCCUUUUGGAGACCUGCAGUUAGGAGCCCUUUGGAGACUUGCGGUUGAGAAUAAAUGGAGUUCCCUUAGCGCUGUAGGUGGCGGUAUUUUAUACAAGCCAUCACCAAACACCACAGAAACACAAGAAGAAGGAGGAUGGGACAACGCCCCCUUAGGAGACCAAGCUUGCAUUGAGUGGGCGGGGUUUGACUUAUCUUACUGUGAUAGAUGAUCAUUGGUUAAGCUUGUUAACACGUUCACGUCUGGCCAGUUUGUCAUUACGCAAACCCUCGUGAUAACUACAGUGCACGUCCCUCCCCAUGUGACGGCCACUCUUUCCUUAUUUAAUUGUUUUUAAAUACUGUGAUCUUUUCUUUCCUGAUCGGUUUCUGUUUCCAGCUCUCCUCUGUCCUGUGUGGUAUUAAUGAAACAGGACCCUGGUGGGUAUACUGAGGAGCUGCCUCAGUAGCCAACCAGGGGUGCAUUUCUGGAAGCCAUGCGUUAGCUACUUUGUUGCUCACCAUGCGAUUUCCCAUUGCCAACUACCCAAGUUGCUAACUGGCUAACAACUAUGCUUUUGAGAAAGGCCCGCCUGGUGAAAUUAACCUUUAGGAUAGAGGUAAAUCAUCUAAUAGAAGAGCCUGGAGUCCUCAUGUUCUAAACUGAAUGAUGCCUGCAGGUACAUCUAUUAGCAGGGUUACCACUUCCAGUAGGUUAACUAAACCUGGUUUAUCACUUAAAGCGAUACUGUCCCAUUUUUGGAAUUAAGCUUAUUUUACACCUCCCCUUGAGUUAAAUAAUAGGGUUUUACCGUUCUCCUAUACUUUCGACCGUUCUCGGACCAGAGAACGGUCGAAAAUACAGGAGAACGGUAAAACCCUAUUAUUUGCUUAAUGCUUAAUUCCAAAAAUGGGACAGUAUCACUUUAACCAUGUUUUUAGUAUACCCCUCUUGUCAUAUUAAUGUGGAUUAAGUUUCUUGGCUAAUCGAGAUUGUUGCCUCACUUAAAAAAGAACUCUGUAGUGUUUACUACACAACAUGCUUUCCACUCACGCAGAAACCAAUGUAAAUAAUAUACUGUAUUUACUAUAAACAGAAAUCUGAAGAAUUCA